AUGGCCACGGUGCCACAUGGCUGUCGUAAUUGUAUCGAUGCUCGAGCCCAGUGCGCCGGUCAAUCACCGUGCUCGCGCUGCAGAGACCUCAAUCUCGUUUGUACCGGUCAUGCGACCACGCUCGAGUUUCACGAUGAACUGCCAGCCUUGCAGAGACGGCACCGGUUGACAUCCUCGUCCUCCUCGACGCUGCACCCUCGUAACAAACCCAAAUGCCUCACCAAGGCCGUCUCCCGCAUCUCCAGUGUGCCGCAAACGACCUCUUAUCCUCCGAUCGACCACGUUGCAGCGCCCUCAUUAACCGCCGUGGCCGCGUCCUCCCAGCAGACCGAAGUUUUCACCAACUACGUGCUCACUGCGUUCCCCUGCUACUUCAGAUGCACCGUGAACCGCACCCCGGUAACCUGGGUCGACUAUGUCCACAGCCGGCGCGGAUCGAUGAACACACCCUUCGAUUGGGCCCUCCGCGCCUGCACCGCCGCAUACACUGGCGCUCUGCACAACGACCCCCGGUACACGGACGCCUCAAGGGCGAUGUACACACGGUCUCUCCGCGGCCUAGCAGGUAUGCUAUCGAACGUCUCGAAAGCCACAUCCGACGAGGCGCUGGCCACCGCAAUUAGCUUGGCCUGCUUCGAGGUACAAAACUGCACAAACCCCGACGCGUGGCUGCGACAUGCUGCCKGGAUCAAGACGAUCAUGCGACUGCGCGGCCCGCAGGCCCAUCUCCACGGGUUCGGGCGGGCCAUGUACAUCGUCUACCGGAACCUGAUGGUGGCAGCUGCUUUGCUGUCAGGCGAGGAAUGUCUUCUCCAGGAACCGGACUGGCAGGACCUGAACAGGCAGAUUGCCGCCGACAAUGCGCGACUACCCGACUCGUCCGCUUACAUCGACGUUGCGGAGCGCGGUUUCAUCGAGAUCUCCAAGGUACCCGGGUACGUGAAACGGGUCCGGGAGUUGCUCGCCCUGCCAUCGAAAAGGAGAGCUUCGUUGCAACCUGCCCUGCUGCGGGAGGUUCAGGCCAGGCGAGCCGGAUUGCGCGGCAUCCACACCGAGUUCGGCGUCGCCGUGUCGAUGGUUCGAGCCGGGCAGAACGAGCAGCAGGGGUUCAUCGGCCCGCUCCCCUACGUUUUCUUAGAUGGCUACUCCGGCCUCUAUGUCCGGGGCAUUCGCUCCGCGCUAGUCAUCCUCAACAAUUUAAUUCUCGCUAUGGAUGAGAAACAGCGCGACGCUAUCGAGGCGGAAAACCAAACUCUGUCCGAUGGAAUGCCUGAUCGUGUCUCCGAACCGCAAAGCGAAGAGUACGAAUCGCCCCUUACACCGCCCAAAUCCCCUGGCAAGUCGCGCAAGUCGACUCUGGUGGUACGGUCUUUGAUCUCCCCUCAGACCCGGGAACCGCCCACAUCGGACAUGAUGGAUCGGCUUGUGACCACCAUGGGCAUGGACGGCGUGAGAGUCAGUCUACUGGAAUAG